AUGCUUGCGUAUCUACCGUUGCUCAUACUCUCUGUGCCCAUACAGCUCAUAGUAGCACUACAAUACCACGAGCAUGCUGCGUUCACGCCACAGCAUCUCAGAGAGCUUAAAAAUCACACUAAAGAGCUUUUUCACCAUGCAUGGAAUUCGUAUAUGAAGCAUGGCUUCCCUGCUGACGAGGUCAGACCAAUUACUUGCGAGCCAUAUGGUCCAGACUAUGAUGAUCCCACGAAUAUGAGAAACGAUGCAAUGGCAAAUGUGUCUCUGACCAUGCUAGACAAUCUAGAUAUGCUCUUUAUUAUGGAGGAGUGGGGGGAGCUAGAGAACGCGCUCAAUUACUUGCAAGAGAAUCAUGCAACUUUGUUUGAACAAGAUACAGUGGUCCAAGUGUUUGAGGCCCUGAUCCGUUGGUUGGGAGGCCUCUUAUCAACUCAUUUGUUGCUCACUGAUGUUCAGUGGCCCGAUGAACCACGAUACGCCGAGAUCAGACGCAUUUGUAAGAAUUACGAUGGCUUUUUGCUUAUAUUGGCGUAUGAUUUGGGCCUCAGGUUGAUUCCAGCCUAUCAGACAGAUACGAAUCUACCGUUUCCAAGGGUAAACCUCGCCAAAGGAGUAGACGCUGUGCCUGAGCAUAUGAACGAAUUGACGUGCACUUCUGGCGCCACAACCCCGUAUGUUGAGUUUGCCCUCCUUUCAAAACUAACAGGAGAUAUGCAUUUCGAGAGGCUCACUGGUCUUUCAUACUGGAAGAUCUGGCACUCACGUUCUAGGCUAGGGCUACUAUCGAUGACGAUGAACCCACUGAAGUCGGAAUGGGUUGAUUCCAUCGGAGGUGUGGGUGCUCUGGUAGACUCAUUUUAUGAAUAUGCCGUGAAAGGUGCCAUCAUUUUCAACAGUGACUCUUUAUGGCUGAUUUUCACUAAAGCAUACUUGGCACUUCUUACUCAUCUGGCACAAAGCAUAGGCAUCCAUGACUCUACACUUUUUGCAAACGUGAAUACUGGAAGUGGUGAAGUAGUCUCCACGUGGAUUGACUCUCUUGGGGCGUUUUGGUCGGGUGUUCAGGUCCUUGCUGGCAGACUCACGGAUGCCAUCCUGAGUCACUUGAUUUACUUAAAGAUGUGGGAUUACUUUGACUCAGUUCCCGAGAGAUGGUGUUUUGUGAGUCCUUCUAUGCACUUGGACCCGCUUGAAGAGAAAAUCGCUAAUGCUAUCAAUCUUGAAUGGUACCCAUUGCGCCCUGAGUUCAUUGAAUCGACUUAUUAUUUAUUCAGAGCAACGAAAGACCCGAUGUACUUGCAGAUUGGCCUUCGGAUCCUCUCAGUUUUUGAAACAAGGUUCAAGACAGCUUGCGGUUUGGCUGGAUACCAGGACAUCCGCACGGGCCAACUACAGAACAGGAUGGAAUCAUUUGUUAUGGGCGAGCUGCUCAAAUACCUAUAUUUACUAUUUGACGAGGCAAAUGAGAUCUUCCUUCAUCAGCCAUUCAUGUCCAAGAAGAACUGGGUGUUCUCCACGGAAGCACAUCCCCUUUGGUAUACUCCUGAAUUUGGCAGGCAAUCUGCUCAGGAAUUCAAGGAAAACCUUCGUGUUCUCCGCCAGAAGUCCACUUCCUCCAGAACACCGUCUUACAAGCGUUCUUUCAUUAGAACUUUAUGGCUGAAAUUCGUUAUUUCCGAUAGAAAAAUGAUAGACACUUUGGCAGAGCCACCAAUAGAUAGAAACAACUCACUUAUAGACUGGCAAAGACUUGGUAUUACCCAAGUCAGGCCUGUGUUGGACUCAUUCGAUACGUGUGAGGUGAAACCAAGACAGCUCAAAACAAACAGGAAUUCAUUUUUGCAAUCGGGCUACUACACAUGGAAAAAUCUAUUUCUUCCCGAUGCAAAGUACCCAACAACGCUUAUUAGACCGAAGCACUUGCAAAAACAUUCAAAGAUCUUACCAAACCACUACGUCGAGCUCACUCCAGCAUUUUACCACACAUUCACAGCAUUUGCACCCGAAGAUAAACUUCGGCUCCAUCUUCAGUGUGCACGAGAGGCCACCACUACAGAGUCAGAUUGCGUCUUCAGUGAAGUUCAGAAGCCAGAGCAGCACGAGAUGUACAUAGUUACACAAGCGGAGCAGAAUUCGAGAUUUGCAGUCAACGAUGUGGUGAUCCCGACACUCACCGGACGAUUUAAGUUGGAGGUGCUCAAGAUCGGAGACAUUGACUCGACUAACACGCUCAUCACUAAGGAUUACAUUCGCAAAGCACGUCCCAACACCUGGGUUUCAAGAACGUCUGAAGUCUUGAGAGUGACUCGAGCCAACGGAGUGAAGGUGGGGAGAUACCGGACGGUUUGGACUACCAAAGAAAGCGUUCAAGACAAAACAAUGUUCAAAGUGUCCAAGGACGGGCGGAUCUUCGUUCAAGGCCGGAACCAUUCCACCACAAAAAAUCAUUUCUCACUGCACAAUCUAAGACCUAGAUUUUUUUCCACGCAACCAAUAAGUAUGACGCAGGCACCCUUGGACGCUUCGAAGUUGAAAAUCACGAAAACAACUUCGCCAAAGGAGAAACUUCCAAACGAUAAGUUGGUGUUUGGCCUGACUUUCACAGACCACAUUUUGGAGAUUGAGUGGACGAAAGAGAACGGAUGGGCCGCUCCUGAAAUCAACCCUUACCACAACUUUUCAUUUGACCCAUCGACAAUCGUUUUCCACUAUGGGUUCGAAGCUUUUGAGGGUUUGAAGGCAUACAGGGACGAGAACAACAAAAUCAGAAUGUUCAGACCCGACAUGAACAUGAAGAGACUCAACAAGAGUGCAGAAAGAAUUGUGUUGCCCACAUUCGACGGGGAGGAGUUCGUCAAGUUGAUCAGCAAGUUUGUAGAGUUGGAUCAGGACUUCGUGCCCAAGGGUAAAGGCUACUCAUUGUACUUAAGACCUACAAUUAUUGGUACCACGGCCACUUUGGGUGUUGCUGUGCCCGACAGAGCUCUCUUGUACGUGAUCGCUUCUCCUGUGGGUCCUUACUACUCCACAGGCUUCAAGGCUGUCUCGUUGGAGGCCACUGAUUACGCUGUGAGAGCUUGGCCAGGUGGUGUUGGUGACAAGAAAUUGGGUGCGAACUAUGCUCCAUGCGUGAAGCCUCAAUUGGAAGCUGCCAAGAAGGGUUACCAGCAGAACUUAUGGUUGUUCGGCGAAGAGGGCUUCAUCACCGAGGUCGGUACAAUGAACGUGUUCUUUGUGUUCAAGGACCCAUCCACUGGUAAGAAUGAAUUGGUGACUGCCCCAUUGGACGGUACCAUCUUGGAAGGUGUCACGAGAGACUCUGUGUUGGCAUUGGCAAGAACCAGAUUGCCUCAGGACAAGUGGUCAGUGUCUGAGAGAAAAUUCACUAUUCAGGAGGUGAAGGACAGAGCUGCUAAAGGUGAGUUGGUGGAAGCCUUCGGCUCUGGUACCGCCGCUGUGGUGUCUCCAAUCAAGAACAUUGGUUGGAGAGGCGAAGACAUCAACGUGCCAUUGGCUGCUGGUGAAGCCGGUGAGUUGACCGUCCAAGUGGCUGAGUGGCUCAGAAAGAUUCAAUACGGCGAAGAGGAAUAUGACAACUGGUCGAGAGUUGUUUGCUAA